CCCUCUCAGCCAAUGAGAGGACGCGCUGUUGCCUCAUGGUAAUCCACUGAUCCACACAGUGGUAAAUGUCUUCGUCCACAUCGAUCGAGGCCUGAUGAAGUACUGCAGCACGCGGGGCGGCGUCUCUGGGUGGGACUUCCGGGAUGUUCUGUUUUCAGGUUUUGCUCCUGACGGCGGGAUGUUCAUGCCGGAGAGCGUCCCUGAGCUCAGCCCACAGACCCUGAGGGGCUGGAGGGGGCUGGACUACACCCAGCUGGUGGUGGAGGUUGCCUCGCUGUUCAUCCCCACACAGCUGAUCCCCAGAGAGGACCUUCAGGUCCUGGUCGGUGAAGCUCUGACCGGUUUCUCGGUGCAGGAAGUGGUGCAGAUCGCCCAGCUGAAGGGGGGUCUGUCGGUCCUGGAACUCUUCCACGGAGAGACGUUAGCCUUUAAGGACCUGGCUAUGACGUGCACGGUGCGCUUCCUCAACUACUUCCUGCAGAAAGAGAACCACAGAGCCACCGUCAUUGUAGGUACUUCAGGAGACACAGGCGGCUCCGCCAUCCAGAGCGCUAAAGGUCUAAGUGGGUUGGACGUGUUGGUGGUUUAUCCUCGAGGAAGAAUCACGCCGGUCCAGGAGAAACACAUGAUCACAUGUCUGGAGGAUAACAUCCACGUGUUCUCAGCCGACGGCAGCUCGGACGACAUUGACCAGCCUCUGCGUCAUCUGUUCGCGGAUCAGGAUCUGGUGAAGUCUCACUGCCUCAUGAGUCUGAACUCUGUGAAUUGGUCCAGAAUCAUGGUCCAGCUUGCUCACUUCAUCUACGCCUACCUGCAGCUGAGCGGGAUGCAGGAUGACGGGGAUCUACCCGAGCUGGAGGUGGUGGUUCCCACAGGAGGAGCCGGGAACAUCGCAGCUGGUUUCAUCGUGAAGCAGAUGGGCUUGCCCCUGAAGCUGGUGGCGAUGGUUAACUCUAACGACAUCGUGCAUAGGACGGUCAGCAGCGGUGACUUCUCCAUGGCGGCUAACGUGACACAGACUCUGGCUCCUGCUAUUGACAUCCAGGAUCCGUACAACAUGGAGCGAGUGUUCUGGCUGCUGCUGGGAAGAAACGGCGCUGCGGUGAAGAAAAUGAUGGAGGAGUUUCAACAAACACAUCGACACUCUCUACCUGCAAACCAGCAGAAACUGCUGGCUCAGGUUUUAACCACCGGCACCGUCCACGAUGAUGGUAUUCUGGAGACCAUGAGAAGGUGCUGGGAGGAGAACCAGUACGUGCUGUGUCCACACACGGCCGUGGCUGUCUGGCAUCACUACCACUGUCCUCACAACGCCGAGAUCAACAGGUGUUAUAUUGCAACCGCCUCUCCAGCCAAGUUCCAGGCAGUGGUGCAGAGGGCCGGCCUGACCUUUGAUCUUCCAGAGGCCGUGCUGGCGUUGGACAAGUUAGCCACUCGUUACCAGAACCUGGAGCGGAGCCCGAACUGGUGCAAAGACUGGGAGGACAAACUGAGAGAGCAGAUCCAGUCUGUGAGUUCAGUCAGGAAGAACAACGGGACGUACUACAGCUGAGAGUUUAAAGUUUUUAUCACGUCGUAAAGAAGACUGGAGGAGGUCAGAUGACUCUGUCAGCAGGUCCUUGAACCUCCUUAUCAGGAUGUAGUAAAGGAUAAAGGCCUCUUGUUGCGUCUCUGCUGGACUUUGGCCUGAGGUGUCAUAAGACUCUUUUCAGUCCGGCUGUCAUGAAGCAUUCGAGUAUUCACGAUGUUCAGACUUUUUAACGUGUAAAUAAAUGUAAAAGAAUAAACUCAAGCACUUCCAGAAAAGUUGUUUGUUCAUAAAUCCCCCCAAAAACACAAACGCUAUAAAACUGUGUUAUUUAUAACAGCCAGCAGGGGGCGACUCAUAGAAGUCUAAGAGAAAAGGGUCCUACUACUCAGCUGGUUCUAUUGCUUUGAUCCCAGCUUAUUCCUUUGAUCCCAUUCUACUGCUUUGAUCACAUUCUAUUGCUUUGAUCACAUUCUAUUGCUUUGAUCUCAUUAUAUUGCUUUGUUCACAUUCUACUGUUUUGAUUUUAUUCUACUGCUUUGAUCUCAUUAUAUUGCUUUAAUCCCAUUCUAUUGCUUUGAUCACUUUCUACUCCUUUGAUCACAUUCUACUGCUUUGAUUUCAUUUUACUGCUUUCAUUUCAUUCUAUUUCUUUGAUCUCAUUCUACUGCUUUGAUCUCACUAUUUCUUUGAUCUCAUUCUAUUUCUUUGAUCUAAUUUUAACAGAAAAGGAAAACACCAAUAAAGAUCCCCCUUAUGUGAGGGCCAAAGUGA